UUCCCUCCUCUGCAUGAUCCUGCUCUCCCUGGUCACAGAGUGGAUGAAGAUGCUAUCACGAGAGUCAGGGAUCCAACAACAGGCCCCUGGAGAAAUGUGGCUCUUAUACCUCCUGCUGCCAGUCCUGUUCUACAGGGUGGGAGGUGCCAUACCCACCUCUCAGGGGUUCUACGGGGAGGUGAUGUCCCCGUUGUUCCCCAAGCCUUACCCUAACAAUUUUGAGAGGACCACUGUGAUCACAGUACCCACGGGGUACAAGGUGAAGCUUGUCUUCUGGCAGUUUGACCUGGAGCCUUCGCAAGGUUGUUUCUAUGACUAUGUCAAGAUUUCUGCUGAUAAGAAGACCAUGGGGAGGUUCUGUGGGCAGCUGGGUUCUCCCCUGGGCAACCCCCCAGGAAGCAAGGAAUUCAUGUCCCAAGGGAACAAGAUGCUGCUGACCUUCCACUCGGACUUCUCCAAUGAGGAAAAUGGCACCAUCAUGUUCUACAAGGGCUUCCUGGGGUACUACCAAGCCGUGGACCUGGAUGAAUGUGCCUUGCAGCUCAACUCAGUCGAGGAGGACCCCCCGGCCCGGUGCCAGCACCUGUGCCACAACUACGUCGGCGGCUAUUUCUGCUCCUGCCGUCCAGGCUAUGAGCUCCAGCAGGAUGGGCGUUCCUGCCAGGCCGAAUGCAGCAGCGAGCUGUUCACGGAGCCCUCAGGCUACAUCUCCAGCUUGGAGUACCCCCGGCCCUACCCCCCUGACCUGCGCUGCAACUACAGUAUCCGAGUAGAGCGAGGCCACACCCUCCACCUCCAGUUCCUGGAGCCUUUUGAAAUCGAUGACCACCAGCAAAUACACUGUCCCUACGACCAGCUGCAGAUCUAUGUCAGCGGGAAGAACAUUGGUGAGUUCUGUGGAAAGCAAAGGCCUGAGCACAUUGAUACCCAGAGCAACUCAGUGGACCUGCUCUUCCUCACAGAUGAGUCAGGGGACAGCCGGGGCUGGAAGCUGUACUACACCAGUGAAGUCAUCACGUGCCCCCAGCCCAAGACCCUGGACUCAUGCACCAUCAUUCAGGACCUGCAGCCUCUAUAUCAUUUCAAGGACCGUUUCACUGCCACCUGCAAGAAGGCUACCAGCUCAUGGAGGGGAACCAGGUGCUACUGUCCUUCACAGCUGUCUGCCAGGAUGAUGGCACAUGGCACCGUGCCAUACCCAGGUGCAGGAGGUGUGAAGAGCCAGUUCACAGCCAGGAACAGGGGUCAGGCAACAUUGGAGGCCAGAAGACCAAGCUGAGCAGCUUCACCUGCG